AUGGCGGAGGCCCCCAAGGAGCUGGUGAGCUGCUCGAGCGUGGAGGUGGUGUCCGAGGGCGGCACGAUCGACGGCACGGCCGACCUUUGCCUUCAUCCCGUCGAGCAUGCAGACGCAUUGCUCUCGGCGCAGGAGGCGCAGGGCCCAAAGCAUGGCAUCCGAGCGUUUCAGGACGCGAGCAAGGGAGGGAGGAGGCACGUGCUGAUGCUCCCGGUGAACGCGCUCGUGAAGGGACUGAACCAGGUCUCGAUGAACGACCCGCUCCUGGAGGGGUGGAUGGGCGUCAGUCCGGCGGAGCUCGCCAGGCUGCAGGAAGAACUCGACGCAGAGAAGGGCAUCGAGAACCGUCUCCCAAUGCUCACGAGCAGCCUGUCUAAAACCAUCCCCCGGUCGGCGGAGAAAAACAUGAAGGGUCGCGCGGGGAACGGUCCCCUGACACCGGGAUCUCGGGGCUCUCGGGACUCCGGGGGAUCUCGCGACCUUUCGGAGGAUGCCGCUUUUCAGUUCGGGACUCAGGCAGUGUCCAGAAGCCCAACGGUCCAGCGGUCGCCACCCCGAGCGGCCUCAAACCGUUGGAUGCACCAAUUCCUUCCCAGCCGUUUCCGCGACACGGACGUGGAUGUUUCCGAAACGGAUUUGCCAAGGAGGAGAGAGACUACGACCACGGUGAACCCGAUGAUGAACGUCUUCAAGGCACUGGCGGGUGUGGCGUUGGGCGGUGCCGACAUGGAUUCGAGGACUAGGGGACACCCGGGGUUCUGGCCCCCUUACAUCCGGGUGCACACCGCGAACGUGUUGGUGGAAAACGGCGACGCUUUCGUGCACCACGCUUUCAUGAGCCGGGACGUGGACCACCCGUGGUGGUUCUCGAUCAAGGGGAUCGUGAUGCGCAACCGGCACCUGGACGUCAAGGGCCUCUUCUCCCACAGCUACGCCAGCGAGGUGUACAAGAGCCGGACGCAAGUCGUCACCUUCAUCGAGAACUACGUGGAGGACGAAAACGCCGACGAUUUGGAGAGCAUGAUCAAGACCAACAAGAGCCUGUGGGGUCUCUCGAGAGACACCUCGAAGGACUUGGGUCGGGGGAGACGGCUGUCGAUGUUCGCCAUAGAGGAGGUGGACGCGUCCGUCAACAUCGACCCGAUAGACCCGCCCGCGGCCUUCCGGAGGGUUGUGGUUGGCGAGGAGUUCACGGAGGCAGAUGCGUUACUGCCGAGGCCGUUCAGCUCGGUGGACAUCGGGCACUUUCUGACGGUCAUGCAGACGAAGAGCAUUCCGGCGCUGGUGUGCUUCUCGUUGCCCCCGGCUCUGAGGGACGUUAAGGUCUUCCGCGAGAAGCAGGAGCCAAUCAGCAUGGUGCAGUACCUGUCCCAUCCGGUGUUCGCGGAGUACGAGCCCAACAUGCCGAGAGUGGCGUCGGCGCCCGGCCUCGACCAAAGCCGCAAGAGCAUCGUGCGAUCUGCUUCGGCAGUCAGCCCCUCGGCGCGCUCAAAGGGAGUGCGAUGGGCAGACCAGGUGGUCCCCAAGCAGGAGGAGCAGAAGGUGCUGGACGCUUUGGAGUGCCCGAAUUUGGAGGCGUUUCUUGACGAGGUCACGAACCACCGCAAGAGGACGGGGGCCGUGGAGUGGUCGGCCGAAGGUCAAGAGGAAGCGGACUGGAUAGAGGCCGUUCUAGAACAGCUACGGACAGCCAAGAAGACCGCGUCCGGCAUCGCCAAGGCCAGGAACGCCCUCACCAAGAACAAGGCGGCGGCGGCGGCGGAGCAGCGGGGGGGGGGCGACGGGGGAUUCGCGGACAGGAACGUGGAGGAGGUGGAGGAGGCGCUCGCGAAGCUGAGGGAGGUGCCGGAGUGGGUGACGCAGCAGCUGCCGGACCUGCUCCGUCUGCUGGAGGCGUGCCGCCUGUUGUCCAACGACGAUGAGCUGCUGCGGACGUACGAGGAAGAAGCGUUGCCUCUUCACUGGGCGGACGUUGAGAAGCUGGGGAAGUCGGAUACCCUCCACGAUUCGGCUGCUGUCCACGCGGUAUCGUGCUGGGUAAGCGUGAGCCAGGUGUACGCCUGUAUGUCAGCGUUGGCCUCGGGCGGAGGGGCCGGCACCCCCAAUGCGCAAGCACGAGAGGCUGGGCCUUCGACAAUCAAGGUGUACGACGUGGAGAGGCAGGUCCUGACCUUCACCGGUGCGGCGGAAUCGGAGGAGCACUACGCCUUCCACUCCGUCUACAAGAAGACCAGCGAGGGCCUCGUGGUGUACGUCACCAAGGAGCACAAGAACCAGGCGGCGGGGGUCCUGUGGUGCUACCUUAAGGCGAUGGGGGUUCCGGUGAUGAUCUGUCACCUGGCCGAGUGCCUCAUGGACCGCGCCUUGGACUGCCGCUGGGACAACUCCCCCGCCAGCGCCGAGCUGUUCAAGUGCGCGGCUUUGAAGGAAGGCGUCGUGCGCCUGGGGUACAUCGGGGACUUGAGGCCGCUGACCUUCAUCUCGGAGACGGAGCAUGGAAAGCAGCCGCUACCUCAACAAGUUCGAGGACCAUCUCCGACUCCCGAGACUCACCAUCAUUGGCACCGUCAUCGGACACCGGGGAGUUGA